UCAGUCAGCUGCUGAGCGUCGCCGGGGGGAGAGGCAUUAUCGAGACCUCUUUCACUACCAUCAUUUCGCUGCCUGACUCACCUACACGACUCACAUAAUUCAUCCAACAUGAAGAUUUGGACAUCGGAACACAUAUUCAGUGAGGCAAUGUGACAUAACCGUGUGUGACCCCCAAACAAGACCGCAAGCCACCCCUGGGAAACAGUAACUCAGGCUGUGUGGCGCAAGUACCCCAACCCCCACAACCCGGCGGUGGUGGGGACAGAUGUGAUAGAGCGCCAUGUGAUGAACGGUGUGCUGCACACUCACCGUCUCAUCAGCUCCAGAUGGGGCCUGCCAAACUGGGCACAAACUAUUCUGGGUGCUGACCGAGUUUGCUAUGGGUACGAACACUCCGAGGUGAACCCAGAGGAGAGAACCAUGACCAUGCGCACUAGAAAUCUGACCUUUGCAAGUACAGUGAGCAUGGACGAGCGGCUAGUUUACUCUCCAGACCCCAACAAUAGUGAAAACACUGUACUGCGGCAGGAAACCAUCAUCACUGUCAAGGGUGUCCCUCUUACUUCCUACAUGGAGAACUACCUCCUCAAUAGCAUCUCCAACAAUUCCUUCAAGGGUCGUGAUGCAAUGGAGUUUGUCAUCUCAAAGAUCAAUCGUGAGGUAGAAGAUCUGGUGUCCACUUACAAGCGCAGCACUUCUGAGAUCUUGGACCACACCAAGCGCUCCCUGGGAGAGAUCACCGAAUCAGCCCUUCGCUCUGUUGAUGACAUUUCCCUGGCUGCUAAGAAAUCUGUUGAUGGCCUUUCUGAUGCUGCCAAGAAGUCCAUUGAUGAUAUUUCUUGUGUGGCAAAGAAGGGCAUAGAUACUUUCACUCAACCAGCUCCUGCAGGAUCCAUGCCCAGGAUAUGAUAGCAAACAAUAUCUAGGAUCUACUAUGACAGCUGUAGUGUUACUAGCUCAGACACCAAUGUACAAAACAGGAGGAACAGUAGAAGAGAAAGUCUCGACAAGAAGAUAAAGGAGAGAAGAGCAAGAAAUUCCUAUGACACAUGAGAGGUCUGUUAAAUACCUCUGUUUCAAGUAUUUUUAUGUUGAAAUUGACACAAAUUGUGGCUGAAAGCCUCCUUUUCCUCUUCAGUGUGUGCUGUUAUUCUUAUCAUCCCAUUACUGCAUUCCUGGAGUGUAUUUUCAGCUACAGUUUGUUGGAUAAGUAAAGAACCAGAAAUUGAUUGUGUAAAGGAAACAUAUUCUGGAAUUUCUCUGUGAAAGAAAAGGAGUGUACAGUUUGACAAACACAGAAAAGUAGCAUUUCCAUUACAUUUCAUUCACUCACUUUUGAGGUUCACUGCAUCAGAUAUGAGUCUGUGCAGUGAGUGUGGAAUAAUACAAAUGUUCUUCAUGUUGAAGAUAUGUGAAUCUGCUCAUAGAUAUGCUGUAUUCUCAGUUCUUCAUCUUGGACCAGUGUGGGAAGCUACUAUACCACUAUGUCUAACAGAUCUGUGAAUGUAGAAGAGAAAGGUCAGGGAUCCUGUAUUAUGGCUCAUGUAUUAAUGGUGCCCGGUGAGGCUAGUGUGGGAAGCUUGUCCCCGUGUGGAGGAUAGCAGAGGAUUACUGAACAGGCAGCUAGCUUGCUGUUUGCUCUGGGUACUUUGCAUUAUGGUGUUUUCAUCCACUAAUGAUCACUAUCUGAAAAUAUGAAGAUCUAUUGGAGAUAGAUUGCAUUUGCAGAUAGAAUAGAUAAUCAGCUAUGCAUUGAUGAUCAGAUAUACCAGAGAAUAUUGCUCAUAGGUAUUGAUAUGUAUACACAUAUAUUCUAAAAAUGUUGAUUAGUUUUUUAUCAGGAUGUCAGUACCAGUUCAGUAUAGGCUGAUGUAGAGGGAUGUUACAUUGGUAGUGAUGCUUUAGACCACUGGUUCCCAGACUUUUCCUGAGCAAGUACUGCUUGGAGGUCCUGUACAGUCCCAAUGUACCACCUGGUUCCUGAAAAACUCAAUUCCAACAAAUAUCAAUUUAUUCACAAUUAGAACACAAAUGAGCUAACAAUGAGGAACACAACUCCAUUGAAUGAAACGGCUGCAUCUGUUUCUCUCCACCAGCUGACCGAUGCCAGAUUAUCUUGUGUAAGGCAGUGAUAAUUUUUUGUAAGAAAUUAAUUUAUUGGUUCAACUGAAAUUCACAUAUGAUCCCAAAAGUGGCCAUGUACCACCUAGAAGGCCUUCACAGGAUGGAAACCACUGCUUUAGACCUUUGUUAUCCACUGUACUACAUGGGAGGUAGCUGUUGAUCUUAAAUACAGUGCUUUGCUGUGUGAAAAAUGAGUGUCCAAAGGAGUGUGAAGCCUUGCCUUGAAAUGACCAUACUGGUGGAGUAUUCAAUUCAUCACUUGUUCCUUUUUGUUUUCUUUUUGUAAUUAUUGCUUCUAUUUAAAUUUCCUACCUCAUUA